UCUCUUUUAGAGUGUGCUUGAGAGUGACAUGGCAAGUGUUGAAUAGGAUGCACAGGCACAGGCUCGCACAUUUUUGCCCCUUCUCACCCUCCUGAGUGCCCACCCUCUGACACAGCUGAAAGGCAGAUGAAAGCUAGUCGCAGCGUCUGUUCCUGGGUGAAGAGAUUCUCUGUGGUCAGCAACAGAAACCUCAUGCUCAAUCACUGAUACUCACUGGGUUCGAGGAACACAAGGAGACCAUAUACCCCCCCCCAACAUACACCUUCAUACCUUGUGAGUUGGGAUGGUAGCGGAGGAGAUUGCGGUCUCCCUCACUGGUGGAGGCCCCUGGGGCUUCAGGCUGCAGGGAGGUGUAGAUCAGCAAACGCCUCUACAGGUGGCUAAGGUACGCAGGCGCAGCAAGGCCUGCCGAGCUGGACUAAGGGAACAUGAUGAGCUGUUGGCUAUUGGUGACCACAUGUGUGUUGACCUCAGUCAUGCUCAGGCGAUGAGACUCAUAGACGCAGAGUCUACACUGAGUCUGAGGGUGAAAAGAGCACCCUCCGGACUCCACUCCUCUUCCUGCUCUCCAUCACCUCGCUCUUCCAUGAAGGCUUUGCCUCAGACUGCUUCCUCUCAACGUACGUCCAUCCUCUCCCCUACUGAAAUGUGCAAGGGCAUAACUUCUCCUCCAGAGAGCGAGGCCUACUAUGGAGAAACAGACAGUGACGCAGACACACAGUUGGUCUCUCACAGGCGUCAGCGUCGUACACCUCCUCAUGCUCGCUCACCUGCUCGCUAUGACAACACAGAAGAGGAGGAAGCCUCAGAGAUGAGUGGGUAUGAAAGUGCCACAGAUGCAGGUGUUUCCCUGCAGGACCAGUGGGACAGUCAGUGUCUUCUUGGCGUUCCUCGCCGAGAGCUGUUCUACCCACCUCUCCAAACAGAGUGGACCACUCCAACACACACUCUUACCCCUCGCACACUUACUCCUCCGCACGAUCAUGGGCCGCUGGAAGCAGAAGGAGAAGGUGACAGUGGAUUCCAGGAAGCCAGUGGCUACAGUGGGCUGACUUGCCCACCGCUGGUGUCUCCUGAGCGGGCAAAAGAGGCUCUGAUGUUGGGCUCCAGCAAGCAACUUGUGCCCAUGGUGGGACCCCAGCAGACCCCUGUCAGUGAUGAACUUUCAAAUACCUACAAGGACAAAGCACGGCAAGCCAAGCUGCAGCGUGGGGAGAGUGUAGUGGAGAAACAGGUGAAGGAAGCCAGAAGCAAAUGCCGCUCAAUUGCAUCUUUGCUGACUGAUGCUCCCAAUCCCAACUCGAAAGGGGUGCUUAUGUUUAAGAAACGUCGGCAGAGAGCCAAAAAGUACACACUGACCUGUUUUGGGAAAGCUGAGGGAGACAGAGGAGGGGAGACAGAAGGAGACACAGGGGGAGAAACAGAGGAAGAAGGAGGCAGUUCUUUCCAAAGUGGAUCUGAAGUUGAUGAGGAGGGUUUCUCUGGAUCUUUUGACCCUACUUGGGAUUCCGGCUAUCUAGAUCUGCUGGACAGGAGAAGCUCUGCUUGCCCGUCAACCACGCCAACUACUUCAACAACACCAACAACCAAUCACAGCUCAGGGCUGGAUUUCUCAGCCUAUCAAAGUACAGGACAUCUGACUUCUGUUGAUCAAAACUCAAAGUUGGAGUUCUCAGGGAAUGACAGUUCAGCCUGUCAGGGUUUAAAUCUGGACAGUAGCAUCACAAGGCAGCCAGUCAGUAACACACCCACAAACAUGUCCCCUUCAGCUGUGUCACUGACCAAUGGGGGAUCUGUAGCUGUUAGUCGGACUAGUGUUGUGCUUGCAACUCCUUCCCAGACACAGCUGACAAGUCAAAGUCAUGUUAAUGCCAACUACAUCUCUAACCCUAAUGUUAGUCUUGGUUCAACUAAUGACUCUGAUCCUCAACUGAACGUUAACUUCAGUCCUAAUCAAAAUGUACUAAACCGCACUGCACGGCCCUUCACUCCUGGCCCUAACCCUUCCAGACCUUCUGUAACCUCUGUGAUGUUUCGCCCUCCCCAACCCAAACCCACAAACAUCACCAUGGAGACCAAACCUGUGGCAGCCAUUUCCAUGGUGACCAUAGCACCAACUCCGAAUCCUUCCCAGGCAGACACAAGGAGAGCAGUGUCGAGCACCUCUCUGUACAUCCCUCCAAGAAAUACCAACACUAAUACUCCCUGUGUUAACUCCCCGACCUCAGUGCUGUCCCCUCCCUCCAUUCAGUCUUCCGUACCUUUCUCGCCACCUCCAGAUAACCCUGCAGUUCAUACACCUGCCUGCACCCCCUUGUCUCAGUCUGUGGUUCAUGGUCCAUCGGAUUGUCGGUCAACUGCUCAGACGUUUUCCAUGCCGUUUGCUUCUCCUCUCACUCCUGCUUACCCACCUCCGUCCGCUCUAUCACAAUCCCCACCUUAUCCCAAUGUUUCUGGUCUCUCAUUAAAUACUCAGCCUCUCCAUAUUUCUCCUCCAACUCAAACUUCUCCUUCCCCAUCAAUUCAGCCUUACAUCAACAUGACAGGUGCAGCAGCGCCUGGACUCCAAAGUAGUAGUAACGUAUCCUCUCCACAGAUUCCCACCACCGAUUCACUGGCAACGCGUGAGCAGCGCAUCUCUGUUCCCGCUGCUCGCACAGGCAUCCUGCUCGAUGCUCGCAAGCGCAGCAACAAAAAGCCAAUGUUCUGUGCAGUUCAGAACAGGGAUGUUUCUCCUAACCCAGAUUUGUUGUCAAUGGUCCAGAACAUGGAUGAUCGCUUUGGAAGAAGUCCACGUGUUGAAUCUGGAGACGUAGCUACUGGGGACACCGGGCAUGAGUCAGGGCCUGAGGAAGACUGGUUGAGGCUUGGGGCGGAGGCCUGCAACUUCAUGCAAGCUAAACAAGGACCAAAGCCCCCUCCUGUUGCCCCAAAACCUCAGACACCUCAAGUACCCCAGCUGGCAGGUAAAGGAGGUCAGUUGUUUGCUCGCAGACAAAGCCGGAUGGAUCGGUAUGUGGUAGAGCGAUCGCCAUCUGUUGCUGCAGAUCUUUACUCUCCUGCUCAAACCAGGGAGCCUUCACCUACACCUUCACUCCCAGCCACGUGGAAGUAUUCGUCCAACAUCCGAGCACCACCUCCUAUUAACUACAACCCCCUUCUCUCUCCCUCUUGCCCCCCAAAGGCCCAGAAGAAGCCUGAGGUGAAAAAGUUCAGCCCAGCUGGAUCUAAAGGGUGUAAAGCCAGCAUCAAGCCAGUGGACAUUAUGAGCCACCAGCCCUACCAGCUCAAUUCCUCGCUGUUCAACUACGGAGGUGGCGUUCCACAGGACACCUCCACUUAUCAGCCGCAGCAGAGAGGAAUGACUAGUGCUCCUAUGAAAACAGCAAGGGUUUACGAAGUAAAGCGUUUCUCCACGCCUCCUCCAACAGCUACAGGACCUGCCCUCAAAGUUAUUGUCCCCCGAUCAGCUACGACACUCGGAGAACCAAUGUGGCGCUCUGAUUUAAUAUCUCCACCCACAGUUGGCCCUGACUCCUACCAACCUUAUCAGCCUCCACCCCAAACUUACCAGUCUCAAUGGACAAACAGUCCCCUGUCUCCCACAAUGCCUCCAGCCCCAACGACUCCCCUCCCUCAGCUCCCAACCUUCUCUUCUCCUCCUGCUCCAAACCCAGUCCCGUCACCUUCCUUCUCCCACCUCCAUCCCUCCACCACGUCACAAGCCAACAGGGAUUUUAAAAGUGCUCCGAAUCUCAGGCUCUUUAGUCCCACUGCCUCUCAGCCUGCCUCAAACAUUACUCAUCUAACCAGAGUACCAAGGCCCAGGUUCAGCACUUCAAAUUUGGGUCUGCAGCCUUGUGUCUGGCGCCCUGGAUCCACCAUGCACUGACCUGAUUUUAUUACACGCAAUAAGAAACUGGUCCUUGUUGAAAACAUGGAGGGUUUUUACACAGUAAUAAAUACAUGGUGUAAGGAAUGUUAUAUUUUUAAUCAGAGUUGAAGUAUUGGGUUUUAUUAUUCACUUUUUAUUACUAAUUAUUUGGGGAAUUGAACACACAUAUGUAACACACUUUAUUACUAACUUUAUUAACACAUUAAUGUAAUGUAAUAUUAAUGUAAGAUUUAAGUAAAACUAAUGUUAUGGUUCUAAGGUUCUAGUUUUGGGAAUGUGAUCUUACUGGAUAGUCUGGCUUCAUCUUCAUUAACCUAGAAUAAACACCUCUUCUCUGUAGAGGCAGCCAUGUUUGUUCACCGUGUUUCCAUAUCAACUCACAGUAAACAAAUUGAAUACUAGUAAGUGGGCUGCAGUAUGUUCUCCUCUUAUGGCUGAACAGAAACCACUGUGUUUGAUAUAUUUACAAAGGAUGUCAUUUUAAACAAAUACUUUUAACUCAUCCUUUGUGUCACAUUCAAAGGGAACACUGUCCUUGGCAAAGUAAAACAGGGAUGUUGGUCUGCAGGAACGACAAUUCAAAAUGCUGCUGCAGAUUGAGAGAUCAGAAAGAGAUAGAGAAGAUGAGGUUCUGUAAAUAAGCUAUUGAAUGAACAGAGAAUCGUGGUUAAACAUACAUAUGAAGAAACGAGGAUGUGAAAAACAAGAGAGAUGAAGACAAGGUGGGAAAGAUAUGGAAAGGCAGUGAUGAAGUGACAUAAAAAUGGCUAAAGAAGUGUUAACAGGUGUGACAUAUUAUUUAUGAGAGCAGAAUGGCUUUCACAGUUGUUUUCCAUGAGAUAGUUAGGCCUGUCAUAAUCACAGUAGUAACAAUAUUCUCAGUACUGCUGUACUGUAGUAUUUAAAGUGCUGUCAGAAACAAGUCAAGUCAAUAGGUGGCAGUAUACCCUAUCUGUAAAGCCUUGUUGGCCAAUGAGAAGAUUGACACCCCAACGCUUCUUGGUCAGGGAAACCAAUGUAAUGACAUCACACACACAGUUGAGAAUCCAAAGCACAGUGUGACCUUGGCAGUCAAAGUCCGGACUCCCCCGUCUAGAUUAAUACACUAAGAUUUUAAACUUGGACAGGACUCCUUUUUUUCUAAAUUGAUUAAAUGUAUCACACUGUUAUCAUACAAUAUAUUAACACUGCCUAACAUCCUUCUGAAGCACUACACCUAAGUAAGUUCUCUUGUGUCUUGUAUAUUCAGAGUAUGUGUUUGAGGAGUGAGUGUUUUUUUUUUUUUUUGGUUUGUUUUGGAGUUGCAGUUUGUAGUGUAGUGUGUGCUGGGUUUAUGUAGUUUAUUACAAGCACAGCUGUCACUUUUACAGUAGACUUCCUGUUAGAGUUCUGAUAUGGAACAAGUGCAACGUGUCUGUUUAGCUGUGAGAAAUGUGGCUGAAUAAAAAUAGACAUGACUCACCUCA